AUGAGCGAUGAGAGGCACGCCAGGCUGCUGCAACUAGCGACGUGGAUCAAUUUAGACAGUCGCUUUUCCGUGGGCUGUGCCGGUGCAGUCCUCGGCGACAUCCAGCGCAGGAAGGCUGCUGAAUACCUCUCCAAUGACCUGGAUGCGAAAUUCGCAUUCAGGAUCCGAUCCAUUGAGAUGUUUACUCUCAGAGACUCCCUCUUUGUCAAUGCUGACACAUUGGCGUCUCUACAAAUUCUUGGGUCCGAAAACCAUCCAAAUUUCAUGAACCAGGGGCCUGACAAGUCCAAAACAGGAGCAAAAGAAGGCCUGUCUCUAUACGGUCUCUUCCACGAGCGCCAGCAGACCAUCUCAGUUCUGCUUCGCCCAGAAAAUGGCGCCGACAUUGACAAUAUCGGAAAGCUGCUGCGGAAGAUCAAAAAUAUCAAACACAACCUCCUACACUUGAAGAAAGGAAUCAGCCUCCCAUCCGGACAUGUUUCCAUUGAAAGGGGCACGUGGGCAUCACUGCAGGCUUUCUGUGCCUUUACUGCUGAGCUUCGAGAAGCAGUCCAGAAGCUCCAUGGCGCAGCAGAUCUCUCAAUCACGGCCAGGAUGGUGCAUGGCAUUCGGCAGAGUGAUCUGCUACCGGUCGGAGAACUCAUAGCCGGGACCAUCGACUUCCAACAAUCCAAGGAGGCUCGCAGGACCUGUGUCAUGCAGGGAGUGAGUGCGGAAUUGGAUGAGCUCAAACGCAAUUACGACGGUCUCGAGUAUUUUUUGAAUGAAGUCGCCGCACUUAUGAUUGAAGAAAUCCCGGAAUGGGCCCAGCAAUAUGUCAAGAACUGCAUAUUUUACCCACAGAUCGGGUUCCUCACAGUGGUGAGCCUCAAUCCUGAGACCGGACGCGGGAACUACGAGGGAGAGGGCCUCGGUGAUGACGUCUGGGAGCGGAUGUUCGUCAGUGAUGGGAACAUCUACUACAAGAAUCGACGCAUGAAAGAGCUUGAUGGACAGUAUGGGGAUCUGUACUGCAUGAUUGAAAUCGAGAUCAUCCACGAGCUCAGCGUCAGAACUCUCGAGCAUGAGGAAGCUUUAAUAGAAGCAUCCGACCUUUGCGGGGAGCUUGACAGCCUCCUCGCCCUAGCACUUGGCGCCGACAAGUAUAAAAUGACAGCACCGCAAUUGACCUCGACCAACAUCAUCCAAAUACAAGGAGGCAGACAUCCGCUUCAGGAGCUUGUGGUGCCUUCUUUCAUAGCCAACGAUACGCUCCUACUUGGAGGCUCCGGUGACGGCACCGCGGAUGAAACGAUCGUAUCCGACCUCAUGGGAGAGGUACCGAGUAUGUUGGUCAUGACCGGGCCGAAUCAUUCUGGGAAGAGCGUCUACCUCAAGCAGGUUGCCCUCAUUGUCUAUCUCGCCCACAUCGGAAGCUUUGUGCCUGCUGACCAGGCCUGUGUUGGCCUGACAGACCGGCUGCUGACCCGGAUCGCCACAAGGGAGAGCGUGUCGCGAAAUGAGAGCGCUUUUGCUAUCGAUCUGAAGCAGGCUGCCUUCUCAAUCAACUUCGCAACACGACGAAGCCUUAUCCUGAUCGACGAAUUUGGAAAGGGCACCAACACAAUGGACGGUGCUGGGCUUCUAAGCGCCCUUCUUGCCCACUUCCUCGAUCUCGCCGAGGAUGCGCCCAGGGUCCUUGCAGCGACACACUUCCACGAGAUUUUCGAGAACAAGCUUCUUCCCAACACACCGAGGCUAUCUUUUGCACACAUGGACGUCCGCGUAGACCUCGAAACAGAGAGCGUAGAUGACCAAGUCACUUUUCUCUUCCGACUCAUGCCUGGUCGGAGCGCCUCGAGCUUUGGCAGCAGAUGUGCAGCCAUGAACGGAGUCGAGUCCGCCGUGGUGGAAAGAUCAGAAGCGCUCGUCCUCCUGCUGGCACGUGGAGAGGACCUACGAGCCGCGUGUGCGAGGCUGUCCGAUCGUGAGACAGAAAGACUAGAGGGGGCGGAAGACGUUGCUCGAGGAUUCCUGGAGAUGGACCUUAGCGGUAUGCCGCACCAGCCAGGUCCACAUGGAUCGAAGACAGAGGAUGUUUCCCUGCGGGACCAAUUGAGGGAUUUGCUGAGCGGUGCAGGCUCGACUGAAACCUGA